AAAAGUAUAUAGACAGAGCAGGUAUUCUUCCCGAGGGAACAUGUAGAAAUACAAACUCCCGAUACUUGGGACCCAUGAAAAGCGCAGUGUGUGUACGGUGUGCGGGAUCAAAGUGCACAGGAAGUCACAAGAAGACGGGAGCAGAGGCUGAAGUAGGAGAGUCGCGCAUGCGCACAGCAGACUAGGAAGUGUUUCGGGGGUCGUCAUGCAGCUCUCAGCCGCUCUCCCAUCCAUGCUGACCGGCUUCAUCCUGUGCAGCCUACGGGCUACAGCCUUACAGGAUCUGCGCCAUCCGCCCAAUAGGAUAGCUGUUGUGGGAGCCGGGAUUGGAGGAACAUCGGCAGCUUAUUUCUUACGGCAGAAGUUUGGCCAUCAUGUCCAGAUUGACAUAUUUGAAAAGGGAGAAAUAGGAGGCCGCUUGUCAGUCAUAGAGAUGGAAGGGAACCACUAUGAAGCUGGAGGGUCAGUGAUACACCCCCUGAAUCUACAUAUGAAAUCAUUUGUAAAGGAGUUGGGUCUCAAAACUCGCUUACCGAACGGAGAUCUGGUUGGCAUCUAUAAUGGGGAUGAGUUUGUUUUUCAGGAGAGUGAAUGGUAUUUGAUAAAUGUCAUUAAAAUGAUCUGGAACUAUGGUCUCAAUUUCCUGCGGAUGCACAUGUGGGUGGAAGACAUUUUGGAUAAGUUCAUGAGGAUUUACCGUUAUCAGACCUUCGACUAUUCAUUCUCCAACACGGAGUCUUUGCUUCAUGCAAUCGGUGGAGAUGAUUUCAUCACAAAGGUGAAUGUCACCAUAGAUGAAGCUAUGCAAAAAUCUGGUUUCUCUCAGAGAUUCAUUGAUGAAAUAGUGGUUCCAGCUAUGAGAGUCAACUAUGGACAAGGAGCUAAAGUCAACGGCUUUGUAGGGGCAGUGUCUUUAGCUGGUACUGAUUCAGGACUUUGGGCAGUGGAAGGAGGGAACAAACUAGUUUGCACUGGUCUUCUUUACGCCUCUAAGGCCCAACUAGUUCAGGGCACUGUUACUUCUGUGCAAGAGAAGGUUCGUCCUACAAAGUCAGGCAAUAAAGUAAGACUGUAUGAAGUCAAUUAUGAGACUGACAAAGGGCCCACACUAGACAUGUAUGACAUUGUUAUCAUUGCAACACCGCUCACCAAGGAACUUGGUAACAUUAAAUUCCUCGGCUUUGACCCACCAAUAGAGACUGUUUCCAAGCCAUACCAUCAGACGGUGGCCACCUUUGUCCACGGACGGAUCAACACUUCUUUCUUUGGUUGUCCAAAACCAUGCCAGUUCUCUGUAUCCGAAAUAUUAACCACUGAUGGACCAAACCUUUUCAUUAAUAGCAUUGGCCCCGUGUAUCCAGUGAAACCAGGGACCAAACAUGAAAUUUCCAAAGCCUCUGAUAUUAAAGUCUGGAAGGUCUUCUCUCCAGAGCCCCUGACAGAUGAACAGUUGCGUCGAUUGUUUGAGUCAUAUCAUGCAGUUAUUGUAAAGGAUUGGUUGGCUUAUCCCGAGUACAGCCCUCCAGAGAAACUACCUCCUGUAAUACUGCACCAUGACAUUUAUUAUGUGAACAGUAUAGAGUGGGCAGCCAGUGCCAUGGAGAUGAGCGCCAUCUCUGCAAAGAAUGUUGCUCUUUUGUCUUACCAUCGCUGGUAUGGAAAGGAGGGACAGAUCGACCAAGAAAAUUUAGCAGAACGUCUCAAGUCUGAGUUAUAGUGUGUUUUUUUUUUUAGUUUUUUUUUUAAUUAAAUAACGCAAAAAACUGUGAAUAGAAACCCACCAUACCUUUUCAAGACAUAAAUAAUAAUGUUGGAAAUGCCACUUCUGCACUAUUUUUUUCUUCCAUUGUUUUUGUACAGGAUCCUCUACUAAUCACUACACCUAAGCUAGAAAUGGUAAAGGGGCACUCCACUGGAAAACAUUUUCUUUAAAUCAACUGGUGCCAGAAAGUUUAACAGAUUUGUAAAUUACUUCUAUUAAAAAAUCCCAAUCCUUCCAGUACUUAUCAGCUGCUGUAUGAUCCACAGGAAGUUCUUUUCUUUUUGAAUUUCCUUUCUGUCUGACUACAGUGCUCUCUGCUGACACUUCUGUCAGUGUCAGGAACUGUCCAGAUUAAAGAGUACCUGUCAUCAUCUAAACUUUCCCUGAUCCCCCUUCCCAUCUGUCCCUUUCUCUAACUAUGCCUAUCCCUGUGUUUAUUGAAGUUUAAAACGCUGUGGAAAUAUCUUUUUUUAUCCCUCUUUAUUAGCUCAGGAGCACUGUCUUUCUGAGGGGUGGAAGGAGGCGGGUCCCGGCAGGCAUGAUGUCACAUGAAGCCUGGCUGGGACUCUGCUUCUGCCAGUCUUCCUGUAUGCUGCUCUCCCUCUGCAGCAGUGUUUCCCAACCAGGGC